AUGAAACGCAGCGCCACAUCCUCGGCCUCCGUGUGCAUGGUGACCGGCAUGAUGAUUUUAAGUGUCGUUAUUCUUACCUAUCUCGCAGUUGGUGCCCAGGUAACCGGUACCAGUGCAAUCGCAUAUGUACCGAUUCCAUCCCUCUUUGCACAUUCCGGCAUUGCCACAGGGAGCGCUGCUGCAUCGCUUCUGCAGCUCGCGGGUGCAGAAGCUGCUGACACCCAGCGCGCUCUGAAUCUCUGCCAGGCGGCGGACAUCUCGGCUCUUGCCGUCGAUGAAGAGGUCACGGACGCAGCCCACGUAGCCGUAGUUAAGGAGCGCCGUCCAAACCUCGGGCGGCAGGAUGAGUUCCCUGCCGGGCUUCUGCUCUUUGGGACCUUGAGGGUGGCCGUGGCUGAAGAGCAGCAGGCCGCUGGGCUCUGUAGUGCGGAAGUCAAACGAGAUCGAUCCCGUCUUCUUGGUGUUCCACUUAGGCAGAGAGAUGUAGGACUCGGGGGUCUCAAAGGUUACGGGGUCCAGUGCCGCCACAUCCUCACAGCGGAACACCAGAUCCCCGUUCAGCGUGAUUUUAGGGUCGCGUUCGAUGGCCAGCCGGGAAAGCUCCAGCUUAAAGUCGUUGUUUUUAUAUACCACCUACAGUCAAGAGAGGUUGCGGGUGACUCGCACAUCGUGCCAGGCGUUAUCGUUGAACUUGCCAUUGACCGGCUCCACCAGGGCUUCAAAAGCCCCCGAGCCCAGGUUGAUGACCAGCCAGACUGCGCCGCUCUUCAAAGAAAGGUUGACAUAGUCAGCCGACUUGCCGGUGUGCAGCAUCAGCCCGUUGCGCUGCAGCGUUCGGAAGGAAAGGGUGAUCUCGUCGGUGCUGCUCUGGAUGGGUGUCAGGGACAGGUCGUAGCAGAAGAACUCGUUGCCUUUGAAGGUGGCGACCGAUUCUUCCUUCCCUGA